GCAAACCGCGUUUUAUUUCUUUUUUCUUGCUUUUACGUUCCUUUAUAGCAUGCCACGCGAAAUAAUAACAUUACAGGCCGGUCAAUGUGGCAAUCAGAUUGGUAGUGAAUUCUGGAAACAAAUUUGUGCAGAACAUGGCAUCAGUAAAGACGGAACUCUGGAAGAAUUUGCAACAGAAGGUGGAGAUAGAAAAGACGUCUUUUUUUAUCAAGCCGAUGACGAGCAUUACAUUCCGCGUGCUUUAUUGUUGGAUCUUGAACCUAGAGUCAUAAACAACAUUAAGGCUUCACCUUUUGCCAACCUUUACAAUCCAGAAAAUAUCUUCACGUCAUCGGAUGGAGGGGGUGCAGGAAAUACUUGGCCCAAUGGUUAUUCUCAAGGAGAAAGAAUGUGUGAGGACAUCAUGGAUAUGGUCGAUAGAGAGGCAGAUAAUAGUGAUUCAUUAGAAGGGUUCAUGCUUCUUCAUUCUAUUGCAGGUGGUACUGGUUCUGGUUUGGGCUCAUUUUUGUUAGAAAGAUUAAAUGAUCGCUAUCCUAAGAAAUUGAUUCAAACAUACUCGGUAUUUCCAAACAGCGAGGAAGUAUCUGAUACUGUAGUUCAACCAUAUAACAGUAUGCUGGCGUUAAAGAGAUUAACUAACAAUGCAGAUAGUGUAGUAGUUCUUGAUAACGCAGCAUUAUCGCGUAUUGCGACAGACAGAUUACACAUUCAGCAACCUACAUUUGAACAAACAAAUCAACUUGUAUCGACAGUCAUGUCAGCUAGUACAACCACGCUUAGAUAUCCUGGAUAUAUGAAUAAUGAUCUUGUCGGUAUUGUGGCCUCUUUGAUACCAACUCCUAGAUGUCAUUUCCUUACAACAGCAUAUACACCAUUCUCCAGCGAACAGGUAGAGAAGGCUAAGUCAAUUCGUAAAACUACAGUACUGGAUGUUAUGAGAAGAUUAUUACAGCCAAAGAAUCGAAUGGUAUCAACUGUUCCGUCUAAGCGUAGUUGUUAUAUAUCGGUAUUAGAUAUUAUUCAAGGUGAAGCAGAUCCAACGGAUGUUCAUAAAUCCUUACUGAGAAUUCGCGAGAGAAGAUUAGCUUCAUUUAUACCUUGGGGACCAGCAAGUAUUCAAGUAGCUUUGUCAAAGAAAUCUCCCUACGUUCAGACACCUCAUCGUGUCAGUGGACUCAUGUUAGCUAAUCACACAAGCAUUGCUUCACUAUUCAAACGUACAUGUGAUCAGUAUGAUAAGUUAAGGAAAAGAAAUGCUUUCUUGGAACAAUAUAGAAAAUUUUCCAUGUUCUCUGAUGAUUUGGAUGAGUUUGAUGAUUCUCGCAACGUAGUGCAAGACCUUAUUGAUGAAUAUGAAGCCUGUGAAACCCCCGAUUAUGUCAACUAUGGCAGAAAGGAUAGUCCAAUGGACACAAUGUAAUAAAUAAUAAGAUAUAAAAAAUAAUAAAUCCGCAACCCAGUCACUUUUUACACAGCUGUGUUAGCCGCGAAA